AAAUAAUAAUAAAAUGUUAACUAAUUCAAACUUUCCUUCUGAUAAAAACAAGAUGAGCUUUGUUUUUAUCGAAUUCUAAGUCUAGAUAUGUCCUGUCUGACCUUUUCAAGAUCGAUUAUAACACACACUAAUCUCUGUGUUACAGUGUGUGUGUUUUUCAUAGAGGUGCUUCCAUGGCGAAGGGUGGUGCGAGUUAUCAGAUAUCUUCAACACCUGUGACUAUCUUCGCACAUCUCUUAGUGAUAUCAAUUGCAACCCUUGUCCUUGUUUGGCUCUUACACUUCCGUGAAGGCUUCGCUUUCAAGUCUCAUGUCAAAGCCAAGAUUUUUAAUUUGCAUCCACUUCUCAUGACACUUGGAUUCGUAUUAUUUUCCGGGGAAGCAAUCAUCGUGUAUAAAGCCAUCCCUGCAAAUCGAAAAACACAGAAACUAAUUCAUCUGAUACUUCAUUUUAUCGCACUGGCUACUGGAAUUGUGGGUGUUUAUGCAGUUUUCAAAUUUCAUCAUGAACGUCAUUUCCCACAUAUGUACACCCUACAUUCGUGGAUUGGUUUAUCCACCAUUUGCUUAUUUGGUUUACAGUGGCUUCUAGGGUUUUUCUCAUUCUGGUAUCCGAGAGCAGAAUCUGCAACAAGGGCGAAGAUGGCUCCAUGGCAUGCUUUCUUUGGCGUUGUCAUCUUCUUCAUGACAAUAGUGACUGCUGAAACCGGGUUGACUCAGAAGUUUCUUUUUCAAGGCCUAUAUCGCAGCCAAGAAGCACUUAUUGUAAACUUUACAGGAUUGUUAAUCCUCCUUUUUGCGAUUUCUGUGGGACUCAGUGUCAUCCUUCCUCGGAGAAACUAAUUAGGGUUGUUUUCAUUUUUCUUGAUCCAUGUUUGUGAUCAUUAACUUGAUUUAUUCGUGUUUGCUUCUCUUGAUUUGUUAUGCCUUUUAUAGUCGAAUAAAGUACCUAAUUUCAUUAUAAUCUUUUACCAUAUAU